CCCACGGUACCGUCCUCUACAUAAUGCCCACGAGCUCUCCAAACGGCCCAAACGCGAUUUUUCAUAUCAGCCAGUCCCCAAACUAUAGUUAGUGGUUGGACAGGAUCGCGAAAUCAAAAUGUCUCGUGCCAAUUCUACCGAUCGUCCGACCCUAAGGCCAAGUGACCAGGCAACUGAUCAGUUCUCCCAAACAUUUAAAGAAGCUCUCGUCUACCCACUUCAAUGGUUAGCGACUCUUGCUGGAGCUAUGCAUUUGUUCGCAAGAGAUCAAGCAACUCGGGUCAUGAUGAGUCUGAUUUUACUUUCGUACCUGGCCGCUUAUUCAUGGAUAGUGCAGGGAGAUCCCGACCCAGCAUUUAUCGACAUCGUAUUCAACUACGUUCUUCCCAUACUGGGAGAUCUGUUUUUCGGGUUAAUUAUCCACUCGAUUCUCGCUUCCCCCUUCAAGUGGCCAAUCAUCGGCUUGUUUCCAAUCAUGAUGAUGGCAACAAACCCGCACCAUUAUCAUCUUCGCGAGGGGAUUAUGUCUAUUCUGAAAACAACACGUUAUUCAGCGUUCAAUUAUUUCGUGCAGCUGGUUAGGAGUAAGGUGAUGCUGCCCCGCGAUGCAGUCGGGGCAACCCAAGCGAACCAUGACCAUGAAUCGAGGGACCGGCCGACUUAAAAGUUCCAUUGGGAUCUAGCAGCGUAACUGUGCAUCUCGAGUUUUGUCCUCAGUCUUUUUCACCCUGCUGUUAUUUGAAGAGAAAUAUCUGUUGUACAAAUAAGAGUGAUAAAAGACUCUUCAGCUUUAAUAUGCAAGGAACCUUUCUUUACAA